AUGAGUCUAAUUUCGCGGUUAGGUUUUAUUGGCGGUGGAAAGGCUGCCCAAGUUUUAGCGAAAGGGUUUUUGUCUGCCGGUGUUAUUAAGCCCGAUGAAAUUUUUGCGAGCGCCCCCUCGGAAAGAGACUUGAAACAAUUUCAGCUUAUGGGAUGUAACGUGACGAACGACAACAAACAAGUAAUGAAGGAGAGUAAUUUAAUUUUUCUAGCGAUAAAAGCGAAAGUUUUCCCCGAAGUUUUGAAGGAAAUUUCUCCUGUAUCGACAAGAAAUCACCUGGUUGCCUCUAUCGCCGCUGGAGUUACACUGGAUUUUAUGCAAAGAUCGUUGCCUGGCAGAAGUCGAGCGGUUCGCAUGAUGUUAAACACCCCAGUGCAAUUUCGCGAAGGAGUUACUGCCGUGACUUUCGGUAAAUUCGCCACCGAUGAAGAUUACGCUUUGAUGCAUCAGCUCAUGUCCUCGGUUGGCUAUUGCUUUGACGUGGAUGAAGAGUUAAUGGAUGUUAUGACCGCGCUAACUGGUGGCGGACCCGCUUACGUGUACCUUGCUAUAGAAGCACUUGCUGAUGGCGCUGUUCGUGUUGGACUAAACCGUCAAGAAGCGAUGAAAUUGGCGGCGAAAACGGCCGCCGGAGCUGCUAGGAUGGUGCUAGAAAGUGGGCAACAUCCAGGAGAACUUAAAGACGCUGUCUGUUCGGCCGGAGGAUCGACAAUCGCUGGCAUACAAGCCCUUGAAGAGAGUGGCUUUCGCGGAUCCCUUAUCAAAGCUGUCUAUGAGGCCACCAAAAGGGCAAAAGAACUUGGAACCAAUGGUAUCAACGGCAUAAGCAUUACGCGGUAG